AUGGCCUUUGCCCACCAGGUCGGCGGCCACGCCAACACGAUCCUCGCCUCGCCCCUCAGCGCCAGCACCCUCAUCAAGCCCUCGUCCGCCCGCGAGCUCGCCUUCUACCAGCACCUCGCCCCGUCACUCGACCCACACCUCGUCGGCGAGUGGACCCCGGCCUUCUACGGCACCCUCAAGCUCGCCGGCAAAGUUCACCCCGAGGGCGGCGUCGCCCAGGUACCGCCCGCGACCGACGUCGAGCCAGAGAUGCUCGUCCUCGAGAACCUCACGUACCGCUUCGUGCGCCCCAACGUCCUCGACAUCAAGCUCGGCACCCAGCUCUUUGACGAGGACGCGUCGCCCGACAAGCAGGACCGCAUGCGCCGCGCCGCCCUCGCGAGCACGAGCGCCCGAGCCGGCGUGCGCCUCACGGGCUUCCAGGUGUGGGACCACGGGCAGCAGACGUAUGUCCAGACGGACAAGCCGUUUGGGCGGGCCUUGACCGUGGACGAGCUCCCGCUCGGCAUGGCCCGCUUCUUCUACCCGCCGCUGUCGGGCCCGUCGGCCGCCGAGCGAGCCGCCGCCGCCACCGCCACCACCUCCUCCUCCACAGCCUCCCUCAACCCCUCAACCUCAACCCCGACCGCACCCACACCACCACCACCCACGCCCCUCGCCCUCCCCCUCCCCCUCCCGCUCCAUCUCCUCCUCCCCGUCCUGCGCACCCUCGUCCGCCGCCUCGAUGACCUCGUCCACACCUGGUCGCGCCUCGCGCUCCGCAUGCGCGGCGGCUCGCUCCUCGUCGUCGUCGAGGGCGACCCGGACGCGCUCGAACGCGCGCUCGAGAGGGCCCAGGACGAGGCGGAUAAGACGGCGAAGGCGGCGAGGGCGCGGCGAGAGCGGGGCGUCUCGACGGCCACGAGCGGCGGCACGGCCGCGCCCCACACGCUCCAGGCGUUCGACGUGCGCGUCAUCGACUUUGCGCACACGCGCGCGCUCGUCGACGGCGAGGAGGGCCCCGACGAGGGUGUCCUCACGGGCCUGAGGACCGUGCGCGCACUCGUUGACGGGCUCGUCGAACGGCUCACGGAGCUGCAGAGGAGCGAGGAGGACGAGGCGAGAGAGAGGUAGAAAGACACGGUGCAACGUCUGUUGGUGUUUCAGUGCGAGGAGGAAGAGAGUGCUACAGGCAAAAGAGAGAGGGAGAGAACGACCAGCGUGCGCCGAGAAAGAGAAAGAGAGUGUCCGUGCGAAGCCCUGCUUGACCACCAUGUGCUCCUCACCUCGAGCGCCCGAGCGCGCCGUACUGCCCUCCCCGCCCCUGCUGCGCUGCCCCACCCGCA